AUGGCUAUCUGUAUAACCUUUGGUACUCAUGAGUUCACCUCCCAGCUGCAAGGAUAUGAGCAUGUCACGGCCCAAUGCCAGAAUUGUGGUAAUUGGUCAGGCCGUUGUAUUACCAGAUGGCCUUUCUUCACUGUCUGCUUUAUUCCACUUAUUCCAUUAGCUAUGCACAAGUAUAAAGAAGUAUACUGCCAUAUCUGCCGGUUCUCGCAAGACUUAUCAGUGAGGCCGGACGUUCAAUCUCAAGGACCUGGAGGCCAAAGCCAAGGUCAAGGACACGGGCCACCGCCUGGAGUUUCUCCACAGUACCAAGGUCAACAGUACGGCCCGCCAGGAGGACCGCCAGGAGGACCGCCAGGGCCGCCGGGACAGUAUCAGCAGUACCAACAGCCACAGCCGCCUGGUUAUAAGUAA